CCAAGAGACUCGCUGUGUGUGUGUAAUUAAAGCAAUUUUAUAUAUCAAUCUUCCGUUGGAAAUCACCUUGUCCGUCGUUGGCGGUGAGAGAAAAAGUGUUAAAUAGUUGGGAUUCGAUGAUUGCGGGGUAUUUAUAAGUAGCCAAGCAUUUACUUAAAUAGUUUAGUCGCUGAUCAACUCAUUCCCGGUGUGCAUCGACGGUUGAGGAGUUGCGAGCUCUGUGUUUUUUUUGGCAAGUGUGUGGUGUGUCGUGUGAGAGGGCAUUUCGUGAUUACCAUUCUGCCGUUAUUAUCUUGUGAACGUGAGAGGAGGAAAUCAGACGACAAGAUGCCUGCAAACGACCAAUUCAACGUGGAUGUGCAAACAGUGGAGGACUUCCAUGUGUCUAGUGGUUCAGAGAGUGCUGGAUUGUCUGAGGAGGAUGAGGAGUUUGCCCAUCGUGAUGGUGAACACAAGUUCGGUGCAAUCAAGACGAAUCGAGUGCCGUGCGGCGCACAGGAGGAUUCACGGUAUCAGAGCCAGACAAAUAGGACUCAUGAGCAUUUCCUGAGGGAGUGCAUCGAGGAGUUGCUGGAGAAGGCCAUCUUCAGUGGCACUGACAAGGCGAACAAGGUCCUGGAGUGGCGCAAUCCAGAGGAUCUCGCCGCUACACUCAAUCUCGACCUGUCCACGGAUGGCGAGUCGGACAGCCAAUUGCUGGAGCACAUCCGGCAGACGAUUAAGUACUCCGUGAAGACGGGCCACCCGUACUUUGUCAACCAGCUCUUCUCCACUGUGGACCCGUACGCUCUGGCCGGACAGUGGGUGACGGACGCCCUCAACCCCAGCGUGUACACGUACGAAGUGGCCCCCGUGUUCACCCUGAUGGAGGAAGUGGUGCUGCGCGAGUUGAGACGCAUCGUUGGCUUUCCCAAUGGCGAGGGCGAUGGUAUUUUCGCGCCUGGCGGCUCAAUUGCAAACGGAUAUGCAAUUAGUUGCGCAAGAUACAAAAAUAUGCCAGAUGUGAAGGCCAAAGGACUUCACGCAAUGCCACGUUUGGUGUUGUUCACAUCCGAGGAUGCUCACUAUUCUAUUCAGAAGUUGGCCUCAUUUAUGGGUAUCGGUGCCAAUAAUGUGUACUCAAUACGUACAGAUGCAUGUGGUAAAAUGCAAAUGGAUCAUUUGGAGAGCGAGAUUUUGCGUGCUAAAUGUGAAGGUGGCCACCCAUUUAUGGUAUCAGCAACGGCAGGUACGACAGUGCUCGGGGCGUUCGAUCCACUCACCGAAAUUGCCAACCUGUGCGAGAAAUACCAGCUCUGGUUCCAUGUGGACGCCGCUUGGGGUGGCGGAGCACUGGUUUCCCCCAAAUAUCGCACACUCCUAGCCGGAAUUGAAAGGGCUGACUCAGUGACAUGGAAUCCACAUAAAUUAUUGGCAGCACCUCAACAGUGCUCGACAUUCCUCACUCGGCACGCUAAUCUGCUGAAGCAAUGCCAUUCCUGUAAUGCGUCAUAUCUGUUUCAAAAGGACAAAUUCUACGACACUAAGUAUGACACUGGUGACAAGCACAUCCAGUGCGGGCGUCGUGCCGAUGUCUUCAAGUUCUGGUUGAUGUGGAAGGCGAAGGGCACGAGCGGCCUGCAGCGGCACGCGGAGAGGGUCUUCGAGAUGGCUGAGCACUUCACCGAGCAAAUUCGCCAGCGGAGCGACUUCGAGAUGGUCGUGGAGCAGCCAGAGUGCACGAAUGUGUGCUUCUGGUACCUGCCGCCCAGCCUGCGGGGGUGCCCGCGUGACGACGAGUUCUGGGCCAAGUUGCACAAAGUGGCGCCGAAAAUUAAGGAGCGCAUGAUGAAGGAGGGCUCCAUGAUGAUCACAUACCAGCCACUGAGGCAGAAGCCCAAUUUUUUCCGGCUCGUCCUCCAGAAUUCAUCCCUCGAGAAAUCAGAUAUGCUGCACAUAAUUAACAAAAUUGCACAACUUGGUGAGGAUUUGUGAGAGGCAGUGUAAAAUGAAUUAUUUAGGAGGGAAGUUUUACAUCCACCCUCCGUGUUUAUAUCACACAUAACGUAUAUUUUAGAGAUAAUUCUCCGUACAGCUCUAAAACUUUCUGUAAAUACCAGAUUUCUUAAUUAAUCCCCGCGCCACUCUUGUGGAGAGAUAUGCAGAGGAGAGCAAAGAAAAAAAAUGCGCGCCCUCUCGCAAACCGACGCCCAUCCUCAUAAGGAGAAGGAAGAGAAAAGUUGUUUUAAUGAAUGAUCGAAACAUGUAGAUAAGUGGACGAAAUAAAGAUAUCCAGGCAAUCCAUUAGAAACGAGAA